AUGCUGACCACCAUCACCGACGGCUUCCUCUGCUGCCUGCUGGGCAAGACCCCCAACGCCGUGGGGCCCCUGGACAGCGUUGAGUCCCGCGACGGCUUCACCUUCCUCGAGGUCAAACCCGGCCGCAUCCUCCGCAUCCGCCACGACGUCCCCAACCGCCCGCAAUUCCCGCCGGAAUUCCCAGAAUUCCAGGAGGAAGAAGAAGAAGGAGGAGAAGGAGAAGGAGAAAAAACGCGGAGGCGCCGUCGCGGCGCCGUGCGCUGCCGACGCCGCAUCACACUCUACCGCAACGGGCAACUCCUCAUCGAGAACCUCGGCAACGACGCCGAGUGCCAAAACCCCGAGCCCGAUUCCAACAACACCGAGCUGGAAAUCCCAGAUCCGUCGGGAAUCCCGUCGGGAAAUCCCAAUCCCGCCAAACGUCGCAAGCGCAAACCCAAGAAAGUGGUGACGGUGGAUUGCGAGAAGCGCAUCACCAGCUGCAAGGGCACGCACGGUGACGUGGUGCUCUUCUUCAUCCACGGCGUGGGAGGCUCCCUGGACAUCUGGAAGGAGCAGCUGGAAUUCUUUGCCAAGCUGGGAUACGAGGUGGUGGCGCCGGAUUUGGCCGGGCACGGCUGCAGCUCGGCGCCGCCCGUGGCCGCCGCCUACACGUUCUACGCGCUGGCCGAGGACAUGAGGGCCGUGUUCCAGAGAUACGCCAAGAGGAGGAACAUCCUGGUGGGGCAUUCCUAUGGGGUGUCCUUCUGCACCUUCCUGGCACACGAGUACCCGGAGCUGGUGCACAAGGUGAUCAUGAUCAAUGGCGGCGGCCCCACGGCGCUGGAGCCCAGCCUGUGCUCCAUCUUCAACCUGCCCCCGUGUGUGCUGCACUGCCUGUCCCCCUGCCUGGCCUGGAGCUUCCUCAAGGCCGGCUUUGCCCGCCAAGGUGCCAAAGAGAAGCAGCUGCUGAAGGAGGGCAACGCCUUCAACGUCUCGUCCUUUGUCCUUCGGGCCAUGAUGAGUGGCCAGUACUGGCCCGAGGGUGACGAGCUGUACCACGCUGAGCUGGCAGUGCCCGUGCUGCUGGUCCAUGGCAUGCACGACAAGUUCGUGCCCGUCGAGGAGGACCAGAGGAUGGCAGAGAUCCUGCUGAUCGCCUUCCUGAAGGUGAUCGACGAGGGCAGCCACAUGGUGAUGCUGGAGUGCCCCGACACGGUGAACACUCUGCUGCACGAGUUCGUCCUCUGGGAGCCCGACCCCAAACCCAAAUCCUGCCCCAAACCCAAACCCUGCCCCAAAUUCCGCCCCAAACCCAAAUCCUGCCCCAAAUCCUGCCCCAAAUUCCGCCCCAAAUCCUGUCCCGAACCCAAAUCCAGCCCCAAAUUCCACCCCAAACUUUUCCCCACAUCCCGCCCCAAAUCCUGGGGCGCUGCCCCCCCCACGGGACCCCCGGGCUGA